CCGGCGCAGCCGCCAUUUUGGAGCUCGGCUCGCGAGGGGAGGAACCCGCGGGAGGAGGACGCGGCGCCCGGCGCUUCUGCCUCUCCGUCCCGCCCCGAGCCGAGCCGGCCCCACUCGCCGCCUUCUCGGGCCGCCUGGCCGUGCCAGCCGCCGCUGCUCUUCGUCACCCGCCUGGCCGGGCCCGCCGCAGGCCUGAGAGAGGCGGGAAGGAUGCCCUGCACACCCCGCCGCUGAGGGAGACUCGGGGGCCCUGCGCGCCGCGUCUGGCCAGCCCCACCCCAGCCGCUGCUCGGCCCUUCGCCUCCAGCGGCGCAGAGCUUCCACCUCCCCGAUCCCCCUUUCCCUGCGUUUCCUUUCUCCCGGACUAGGCACGAGCCGCUUCCCCCUCGCCCCCAGCCCGCUCCACCUCCCAGGCCUCUCUGCCCAGGCCUCCUCCGGGUCUCUUCCUCCGUCUGGGCCUUCGGGCUCCUCACCUUCCUUCCUCCCUUUCCUUCCCCUUCCCCGCCCGGAGCCAUGUCCUCCGCCGCUCGUUUCGAUUCGUCGGACCGCUCCAGCUGGUACGUGGGCCCGGUGUCCCGGGCGGAGGCGCAGACGCGGCUGCAGGGGCAGCGGCACGGCAUGUUCCUGGUGCGGGACUCGUCCACCUGCCCGGGCGACUACGUGCUCUCGGUGUCCGAGAACUCCCGCGUCUCCCACUACAUCAUCAACUCCCUGCCCAACCGCCGCUUUAAGAUCGGCGACCAGGAGUUCGAGCACCUGCCCGCCCUGCUGGAGUUCUAUAAGAUCCACUACCUGGACACCACCACCCUGAUCGAGCCCGCGCCCAGGUACCCAAGCCCCCCCAUGGGAUCUGGACCUGCCCCUGCCCUGCCCACUGCAGAGGAGAACCUGGAGUACGUGCGGACUCUCUAUGACUUCCACGGCAACGACGCCGAGGAUCUUCCCUUCAAAAAGGGAGAGCUGCUGGCAAUCGUGGAGAAGCCAGAGGAACAGUGGUGGAGUGCCAGAAACAAGGAGGGUCGGAUUGGGAUGAUCCCUGUUCCUUAUGUAGAAAAGCUGGGCAGACCCUCUGUGGGGAAGCAUGGCAACAGGAAUUCCAACAGUUACGGCAUCCCAGAACCUGCCCACGCGUACGCGCAGCCUCAGACCGCCACUCCCCUGCCCGCAGCGUCCAGCACGCCCGGAGCCGUCAUCAACCCUCUGCCAUCCACACAGAACGGACCAGUCUAUGCCAAAGCUGUCCAAAAGAGAGUUCCCUGUGCUUAUGACAAGACUGCGCUGGCAUUAGAGGUGGCNGACAUUGUGAAGGUGACGAGGAUGAACAUCAACGGGCAGUGGGAAGGAGAGGUGAACGGGAGGAAGGGGCUCUUCCCAUUCACGCACGUGCAGCUCUUCGACCCUCAGAACCCCGAGGAGAGCGAGUGACUCCCCUGCCCCUCUCACUGCUGCUUCAUUCUCCUGGCUACCAUUGGCAUUCUUUGAGGUGGGAUGAUGACUUAGUGGCACAUUGCUAGCACUGCCCAUUUUCCAGCUUGCUGCAGUUUGACAGUUCUUUUCAUGUACAUUUGGAAUUCAUACAGCUGAAGUCACUGCCUGACCUUCAGAUCAUAGUUACGUCAUCCAGAAUUUAGUUUCACUUUUAAAACUGUUUUGGGCCUUAAGCUGGACAAGACUGAACCAGAAUAUAGCAGAGAGGUUUGGGAAAGAAACCUUUCCUGUUGAGACUUCCAUGGACUUCUUUCUGGUUUGCUCAGUAGGAAGAGCCCUAAUCUUAGAUCAAACAAGCAAUUUUGUGCAUUACUGUCCAACAAAAAGCAACAACAAAAAUGCAAUUUUAGAACUGAAGAAGAUUUAGUUUUGAAAUUACCUGUGCUAAGGUAGUACAUUUAAAAUGAUGGUUUCUUUAAAGGACAAUAAUUGGAGCUUAUGUGUUCUAAGCAGUUGUAAUAGACACUGCUUUUUUCUGUUAACCCUUAAGCUUGUUGUUGACCUUCCUGAAACAGUGUGUGUUACAUGCAAAUAACCAUUGAUUCAGCUGCAUUGAAGCUGAGGCAUUUAUUUAUAAGGAAACCCAGGAGGAGGUUGUACUUGUAACUUGGUUUUGACAUAUUUAAUGCAUUUCUGUUGAUUUUUGCAAGCACUAACUGUAGAAAGUGAGCUUUAAGGGGAAACACAUUGGCCUGGCCUACAAACAGCUCCUCUGCAGUGUUGAAGGUGUGGUUUGACUGGUACAGAAGUGCUUGUCAUCAAGCUGUUACUUGGUAGACAGAUCAGACUGCCAUGAGGAGAGGUAGGAGUGGGACAGAAGAACUUGGUAAAUACCGAUAAAAUCCUCUUAUUUAAACAUUUAAAGACCUUUUAUAUCCAUUUCUCUGCAGGCUCCCUGCUCUCUCCAAAGUUUCCUAGCUGUACCAGCCCCAGCCCAUCAAAAGUUCCUUUUCAGACACACACAGUACCUUUUUACCAGGGUGUCUGUGUUGCUGUGCUUCUCUUCCAGAGCUGCUUUCAUCUUCUUUUUCCCUUCCUUUUUUUUUUUUUU